UCUAGUGUCUGUGGCUAGUCGUUGACAUUGCAUGCAGCGGUCAGUAUCUAAAUAGUCCUGAACUAUCAUCAGUCGAUAUAGAAAUUGUCAGUCGCGGGCACUCGACGCGACGUCCAACGCUCGACGCCCGACGCCAGGAGCUUCACGUGAUUUUUGGCAUCGCGCAUCUCAGCUCAACAGAUCCCGUCAGUUGGUUGUGGGACGUGUGCGAGUUCGGUUCGGUUUACUUCUGAUGCGUUCGAGGGAGCCGUAUGAUCCUUGGGUAUAGUGGAGAAUAUUUUUUAAGUUUAUUGUGAAGUCGAUCUUUAGAAAAAAAAAGUAAUGUGGCAUUAAUGACGUACAGCAGCAAAUAAAUUAUCGUUAAAUCCGCGCGCAAUCUAAGUCUACCAAGAACUAGUUGCAACAAGUGUCUACAACAUUCUCGUCGUUCCGCUCAAGGCAAAUGUCAAUGCAGUUCCUAGCAUAGUGAGUUACGGUGUGUAGUGUUACGAAUCAGCUGUGCAAACCAAAUUAGGUUAAACAAUUAUAACUAGAUUGCUGUGCUCAGUGCUCAUAUCGCGGCGUUGCCGAGAGUUAAACUUAACCCCGACGAGAAGAGAGGUUUGAGGCACUUGAGCUCGACGGCGACGACGACGACGCCGCCGCCUCGGUUAGUGGUCAAGCGGCAACUACUUGGAAUUCCGGUCGAGUUUAGCAGUAGCAGCAACAGCAGCAAGCCUUCUAGGAACGAGCACGACCCACGUUGCGUUGAGUUGAAGUUCAACAGUUGUUCUCCAAAAACGUAUUUCAAGAUAAAAAUCAAACAGAAUGACGGUGGACAAAGGCCAUAGUAAUACGGCGUUCGUGGAGGAUGAGCAAGUGACCAGCAAAAAAUCAGCUCCAGUGAAAACCAUCAGUGGCAACAACUAUGUGCUUGAAAUCCAGGAAAAGAAGCCCGGCUUCGAGGCAGAUUACAACCCGUACGAGCACCGACACGUGGAACAUCCCACCACGAGCAAUGAAACGUUGAUCCACCUGCUGAAAGGCUCUCUCGGCACGGGCAUUCUGGCUAUGCCCAAUGCUUUCCACCAUGCUGGUUGGUUGGUGGGUUCCGUCGGUACCCUGCUGAUCGGAAUUCUGUGCACCUACUGCAUUCACCUGCUGAUCAAAGCCGAGUACGAACUUUGCCGGCGGAAACGAGUUCCUAGCCUCAACUAUCCAGCUGUGACCCAAACUGCCCUCCUGGAGGGACCCAACGCCCUAAAGCCCCUUUCCAACAUCAUAAUACACAUAAUCAACGUCUUUUUGCUCGUCUAUCAGCUGGGCACGUGCUGCGUGUACGUAGUGUUCGUCGCUUCCAACAUUAAGGCAAUUGCCGACUACUACACCGAGACUCCCACCGAUGUGCGGUUGUUUAUGCUGAUCAUCCUGCUGCCAUUGAUCUUGAUCAACUGGGUUAGAAAUUUGAAAUUUUUGGCACCCUUCUCGACGCUGGCUAAUUUUAUCACACUGGUAUCGUUCGGAAUCAUCCUGUACUACAUCUUCCGCGAACCGGUCACAUUCGAAGGGAAGGAAGCCGUCGGCAAGAUUACCGAGUUCCCGCUGUUCUUCGGAACGGUGCUGUUCGCUCUGGAAGCCAUCGGUGUGAUCCUGCCACUGGAAAAUGAAAUGAAAAAGCCAAAACAGUUCGGAGGAAACUUCGGGGUUCUGAACAAAGCCAUGGUACUCAUCGUGACGCUCUACAUCGGAAUGGGGUUCUUCGGUUAUCUGAACUACGGUGCGGACGCGAAGGGAUCGAUCACGUUGAACCUGCCCGAACAUGAGAUUUUGGCCCAGUGCGUCAAGGGAAUGUUAGCCUUCGCCAUCUACAUCACGCAUGGUUUGGCUUGCUACGUGGCCAUUGACAUCACCUGGAACGAUUAUGCCAAGAAACGGUUCGGUGAAUCGCCAAGAAGCGUCUUCUACGAGUACAUCGUCCGAACCGUUCUGGUUCUCAUUACAUUCCUGCUGGCGGUUGCCAUUCCUAACCUGGAGCUGUUCAUCUCGCUAUUCGGUGCUCUCUGCCUGUCUGCGCUGGGGAUCGCUUUCCCUGCCCUGAUCCAAACCUGCACCUACUGGCACGAACGGCACGGAUGGGACAAAACCUGGAUGAUCAUCAAGAACGUCAUCAUCGGUAUCAUUGCCAUCGUGGGCCUGGUGGUUGGAACCACCACCAGUUUGAAGGAAAUCGUGCAAACCUUCUUCGAGGAAGAAUAGAUUGGCGGUGUGGAUCGACCCAUUGGCAUUGGUAUCCAGUGAUGACGAAGAGAUGUCUGCAGUGAUUCGAAACGACGGUGGUUCACGUUCGACGUGAACUUGUGAGUAUUAUUUAGUCUAGCAUUGCUUAAGCAGACGGCCACAACGGUGUUAGAGCAUAAACUCUUCGCACAAUGCGAGAAAAGUCUGCCUGACGCAAUUGAUCGAAGCACAUUUUUACCAGCAUUCCUAAAACAGUUACAAACUGUGUGUAGAUAGAAUUUGAGUUAGAAAGUAGCGUUCAGUAUAUGUGUAGCUUGUAGAACAUUUCGAUGAGCAACCCCCCAGACAAGCCACUUUAUUUGCUAAGUGAGAUAGUUCUCAUAGAUAUUACGUGUAUUUUUUAACUUGUAAGAUAAACGAUUGAAAGUCAUGUGCCAAUUCAGUUAAGUAUUGAUUUGAUAGGAUAUUUUGAAGAAGAAGAAAAAUGAAAAGGCUAAAUUGUGUAAAAAUUUCUAAGUAGGGAAGUGGAACCAUCUCGGUAGGGGUCCUAUUUUGGGCACUUUUCUUAACCAAUUGACACAAUUUUUGGAACGCGAUGAGAUACGUAUAGUAUCUAGCCGUGUACAAAAUUUCAAGACGAAUUGGUUUGGAAUUGACUAAGUUAUAGCGAAGAGUGCCCAAAAUACCGGCCGCUGCUCAAGUGGUUCGCCACCCUAUGACGAACAGGAAUUUCCUAAAAAUAUUGUUUACGAUUUUUAUUAUGUAGAAUAAUAUAUUAUUUAAUAAAUGAUUUAAGUUUA